AUGAUCCACCUUCUCUCGUCCGCUGCAGUGCUCGCGUGCUUCGUCAGUGAUUCAAUAACACUUCGACGUGCGAGAGGUAUAUUUCAACAUGUGAGAAAAUCGCGGCCGCUACGAAUAUUGAGAUCAAGAAGAAAUCGACACCCCCGUACGAGCAAGACCAGAUGGAAUAUUGGCAUAGUUGAGAUGUCAUCGGAAUGCGGAAGAUUGCAGCCUCCAUGUAUCCUAGUGCCGAAAACCCCGGAGGAGCUGUCGAUAAUCGUGAAGACUCUCGGAAGGAAUAAGGAGAUCUUUGCGGUAAAGAGUAGCGGUAAUAAUCCGAACGGCAACUUCUCGAGAGUUGACGGCGGGCCUCUUAUUAGCCUAAAGGAUUUCAAUGAGAUCAAAUACGACGCAGCAUCAGGCACAGUAAGAAUUGGCGCUGGUAACCGCUGGACCCAUGUUGUCAAGACUCUCGAACCCCAAGGGGUAACCGCAGCUGGAGCUCGUAUUGGACAUGUUGGUGUGGGUGGAUUUAUUCUUGGGGGUGGGUUGAAUUUUUGGAGUACUCAAGUUGGCUGGUCUAUGAACACAGUGGUUCAAUUUGAUGUUGCAUUUGCAAGCGGCAAAAUCGCCAAAGCAUUCAGCAGUGAGAAAGUUGACAUGUUCAAUGUCCUCCGUGGCGGCGGGAAUGCCUAUGGAAUCGUUACCACCUACACUUUAAAAGCACACAAAAUUGGAAAAAUCUGGGGUGGGUACCUGACAUUCGGCCCUGACAAGACAAAUGAAGUCCUAGCUGCCAUUCGAGACUUCACAGAAUACUACUCCGAUGAUAAGGCUGCCAUCAUUGCAUCACACGGCAUAAUCCCUGGCAAUAAACAUGGUGAAUAUCUUGUUGCCAAUACCCAAACGGCUCGCUCGGCAUGCCCGGAAGAAUGGCGGGGCCUGCUCGAUCUUGACGACUCUGUUGAUAGAAUUUUCAUGGUGAUGAACAAUGCGUACAAUCUCAUAUCUGACAUCCCCACGGACGGAGGGGGCAAUGGCAUCCCUCGUCGACGGGAUCCGUAA